AGGAGCAUUUCCUCCAACAUGGCGGCCGAUCGUGGGUCGUAGCUAAGUAGAAAGAAGCUAAAUGUUGCAGGGAGGAAACACUUCUCUGAUCUCACGCGACCGUCGCUCGGUUUCCGCCGAGCGUCAGACACACACCAAGUCGUCCACAGGCUGCUGGUUCGAUUCCCUCUGAAACAGCAAGAUGCCAGGGAAACACAAUGACAGCUUCAAACCAGGAGACCUGGUGUUCGGCAAGAUGAAGGGCUUCCCUCACUGGCCCGCCAGGGUCUGCAAGUCUGACAAGGGAUACAAGAAGCGAAUCCCGGUCUUCUUCUUCGGGACUCAUCAGAUAGGAAGUCUCCCCGUAGAGAAUGUCGUUCCUUACGUCGGGAACAAGAAAAAGUACGGCAGCGGUGUUCGCAUCAAAGGCUUCGCUGAGGGAAUGUGGGAAAUCCAGAACACACCCAACAUCGGGAGUAAAGUCAAAAUACCAGUAAAAACCAACACGCAGACGACACCUGCUAAAUCGACGUCUGCAGUGAAAACCACACAGGACAAAGUUAAAAGUUCGUCCGUCGGAUCAUCUCAGAGUAAACCCGUCGCUGCGAAGGUCGACAGUAAAGUUAGAGCUUCUCCGAUCAAAGCUUCAAGUCAAACAGAAACGGUUCCUACACGAGCCUCAUCAAGAUCCGCUCCAGAGAAAACGGUCGAGUCCACACAGACUCCUGAGAAGACGUCGACAGAUUCCUCAGUGACGACGAGAAGCAGGAAGGUCGAGUCAGAGGUGACAACAAGCAGAGAUCCACCAGCAGGGGGCAGCAGAAUAAAAAAUACUGCAAGAGAUGGAAAGGAGACGACAGCAAACGUGGUGAAAACAAAAAUAUCUACAACGACUCCGAGCAAAGUUACAGCCGAGAAAAAAACUCAGAGCGUCGUCAAAGCUCUGACCGCAGCGACAGACAACAAAGAUAAAACAGAGGCGACAAGUCCCACCAUGACCAGGAGCAGAAAAGCUGAGCCCAAGGUCGUUGCAGAGCAGCUCAGAAAGAGAACAUCUGACAGUCCUGCAGCGACACCUGCAGCUGGUAAGAAAGCGAAAAACUCUGAGACACAAGUGUCCAGAAAUGACAGAGAACGGAGAGAACAGGAGGAGGAGAAGAGUGCAGCAGAGAGUCGAGGAGUUAAGAGGAGGAGAGAAGAAGAGGAGGAGAUAAGAAAAGAGAAGACGCCGGAUGAGAAAACAGCAGAGGUGAAGUCGUCUGAGAGACAAGGAGUGAAAAGAAAGGAAGAGGAGAAAAGAAAACAAGAUGAAGGUGUAGAAGGAAAGAAAGACAUGAUGACGACUGAAACUCAAGCAAUGACGACGAAGAGAGACGAGAAAGAACAGGAGGAGAAAACAAACGAAGGAAAGAAAGAGGAGAGGACGAUCAGAGAAACGAGCGCAGAGAGCGAAGGAACAAGAAGCACGAGAGAUACGGAGGCAACAAAGAAGGAAGAUGAGGAAAGAAAGAAAGAGGAGAUGAGAAGAAUGGAGGAGGAACAAGCGAGGAAGAGGGAAGAGAAAGAGCAGGAGGUGAUGAAGAAAGUAAAGGUGUUGGUGAGGAUUGAAAGUCUGGAAGAGUUGAAGAGAAAGACGGAGGUGAAGAAAAUUGGAGCAAUGUCGGAGAGAGAAGGGAGGACGAUGACGGAGAGGAAGAAAGGAGAGGAGAUGAAGAAGCAGACGGAGGAGGAGAAAACAAGAGAAACGACAGAGAGAGAGAAAGGAGAGGGGGGAAAAGAAGAGUUGAAGAAAACUGGAGAAGAUGAAGGCGAGGAGAAGGAGGUGGAGAAGAAAAAGGUGAAUGGAGGUGUUGAGAGGGAAAAAGAAGAGAUGACGAAGAAGAUGCAGGAGGAGAAAACGGGAGAAAAGCUGGAGAGAGGAGGGAGGACGAUGAGGAGCACAGAAAAGGAGAAGGAAAAAAGGAAGGAUGAAGGCAACGAGGGAAAAGAAGAGGCAACAAGGACAAAGAAGGAGUUGAAGAAAAAACAGGAUGGAGGUAUAGAAGGAAAGAAAGAAGAGACGAUAAAGAAGAAGACCGAAGAGGAGAAAAUUGGAGAACUGUCCACAAAGGAUGGAGAAGAAGAAAAGGAGAAGGGCGGAUCUCCUGUGGAGGAGGAGCGACAGCGCCACUUGGCGGCCAAGAGGGAGAAAUUGUUAAAAUCUCUGCGAGGUCUGAUGCAGGAGGGAAGAGGAACGACGAGGAGGGAGAAGACGAAGAACACGCAGAAAGUCGGGUACGUAGCAAAGAAGAUCGAGAUCAAAAAGAGAGGAGGUCAGAGGAGCGUGAAAGACGUUGGAAAGACAGUGACAGAGGAGGAGGAGAGGAAGAUGGAAAAAACGACAGAUGUCAACAAGAAAGAGGAGAAGAACGAGAGGAAGACAUCCGACAACAAGACAACAGCGGAGAAGGCAAAGAGUAAAUCAACAGAAGAACUGACAACAAAAGAAAAGCCAAGUGGACAGAAGAACGAAGACAAAAUGAAUGUGGAGGAAAAGAAAAACGAGGGAGUGAUCGAGAAAACAGGGGAAGAAAUGCAGCAGCAGAAAAAUGAAGGAAGGAAGGAGGAGAGAAAAAUAAUCGGAAAGAUCGUGAAGGCGACGCCUGGACAGGGAACAAAGUUUCAGGUGAAGACGAUGAUGGGAGGAACACUGGCGGUGGCGUUGGAGGAUGACAAGAAGAAGAAAGAGGAGAGGACGGACAAGAAAAUGAUAGAAGAGAAGGAAAAGAGCUCAGAAAACGUGAAGGAGACGGAGAAAGAGAAGAAAUCGGAAGAUAAAAAGUUGCAAAUGAGCUCAGAUGUUGAGAGUGAAUCUGAAAGAACAAGAGCAACGACGGAUGACAAAAAAGACAAGAACACAACAGAAGAAGAGAAGAAGGGCAGUGAUGAAGAGGAGAAACAAAAGAAGAGCAGUGAUGAAGAGGAGAAACAAAAGAAGGGCAGUGAUGAAGAGGAGAAACAAAAGAAGGGCAGUGAUGAAGAGGAGAAACGAAAGAAGAGCAGUGAUGAAGAGGAGAAACGAAAGAAGAGCAGUGAUGAAGAGGAGAAACGAAAGAAGAGCAGUGAUGAAGAGGAGAAACGAAAGAAGAGCUGUGAAGAUGAGGCGGCGCUGAAAAAGAGCGAAGAAGAACAAAAAUCACAGAGAGCAACUCUGAAAUCUCAGGAGGAGAAGCAGGAAAAGGAGGUGGAAAAAGCAAGAGAACAGAAGAAGAAAGAGGAGAAGAACGAGAAGGAGCCGCAGCAGAAAGAGGAGAAAACCACAGAUCAAGCAAAGAAGACGGAGGAGACGGAAACUCAGAAGAAGGAAAACGACAAAGCGACCACGGAGAGAGCGGAGCAGAUGCCACAAGCAGAGGCAGAAACCAGCAAAGAAGCUGAACCAGAGAAGAAGAGCGCAGAAGAGAAGAGUGACUCAGAUAGAGGGAAGGUGGUGGAGGUGAAGCAGCAGAAGAAGAAGAGUUCGACCAUGACGCUGACGGACUCGACUCUGCACAGAAUCCACGGGGACAUCAGGAUUUCUCUGAAGACCGACAAGCCGGACAUCAGGAAGUGUCUGACGGCGUUGGAUCAGCUCAGUAUGGUUUACGUGACGUCUCAACACGUCCAGAGACACAGCGAGCUCAUCGCCACGCUGAGAAAGAUGCGUUCCUACAAAGCGAACCAGGCCAUCAUGGACAAGGCCUCCAUGCUGUACAACCGCUUCAAAAACACCUUCCUGGUGGGGGAGGGCGAGGAGGUGGUGAGCGCCGCCUUCCUGCGCUCGCUGCUGGAGGAGAAGGAGCGGGAGGAGGCUGAGAGGGUGGAGCUCUGCAGGAGGGAGGGAGUGAAGGAGGUGAAGGAGAGGUUGAGGAACGACGGAGGAGGGGAGGAAGAAGAGGUGCAGAUAGAAAAUGCUCCAGUGGGCUUGUCCUGAUGGGUCAAUGUCCCUGAAGUCGCCUGGACUGAACCAUUUUCCUGCUGAGGGGGGUGUUGAUGUGAAACCGUUUCCCUGACAAUGAGAAUGUGCACAACCGUUUACCUCAUCACACACACACGCACCAGUUUAUCACCUGCUCAGCUGCUGGUGUUUAUUUCCUGUACAGUUUGUUCAUCUUUAGGUGUCGUUCAUGUUUACGUGUCAACUCUCGUUAACGUUCAAUACACUUGUACAAACUGUUUGUAUUGUAGUUGGGUUGUAGACUGACUCAUAUUCACCAGGACAGUGUUUAUUCUUCUUCCACUAAAACACUCGUUUUUAAGUUGUAUUUUAAUCCUGUUUUCCUCAAAACGUUAGAUCAGGACAGAUGGCUGAUGGGAAAGUCUAGUUUUAUUUAUCAUGUGCAUUUUUUUAUUCAUCAGGUUGAACGUUACUACAGCAGAUUUGAACCUGACGUUAAAGCAUUAAAUAGCCUCAUUAAAACCUGAACGUUCGUACUCGCACUGCUGCGGUGGAUGUAGUGCCUUGCUCAUAGACACUCCACAACAGGUAACAAAGGGUUGUAGCUGUUAAAUUGAAACACUUUGUACAGUAAAAUGUUUUAUUGUGUAUUUUCUUGUGACCCAGUGAGAUGUUCCUGUUCUUAUUUGUUUUCUUUAAGUGGGUGACUCUGUUUUGUACAUUUGUAAUUUUUACCUCCACAAUUUUUUUAAAUAAAAGUGUCGCACAAA